UUGAAUUUUAUUGACUUUUCCAUUAUGUUACCGAGAUACUCAUAACUUACCUACAUGUAUUUAAUAUUUUUAUGUUCUUACGAAGAUGAUUGUUUUUCUGAUACUAGGCAUAAUUGCAGUAGUUAACUCUCUGGAACCUCUGGUAGACAACAACAUAGAUGAAGAAUCAAAAACUGUAUUAAACAAAUACAUUAAUUUAAUACCAGAUAUAGAAUCACGUUUCGUUAUCGAUGAUUCAUUAACCAAAGUAAUAGAUUACUAUUUUAAAGGGAAAGUUAACACAUUACCUCUAUACAAAUUAAGUUUGACUAUAGACAGGAAUCCAGUAAAGAUCCCAUGGUCUACAGAUCAGGUAGGGGAAAAUCAUAACAAGGAUGAAAUACAAAAAGCUUUAAAUGAACAACUAGAUAAAAAAACGAAGGGAAAACAUUACAAAGUGAAGAUGAUAUCAAAAUUGUCGAUGGCGAAGAAGAAAAGAACAACCAAGCCGCCAUUAACGACGGAAGCGACAUCUGCACCGUCCGCGUCAUCUGCCACUCCUGCGUCCGGCGAAAUAGAAUAAAACAAC